AUGGCCGAGCGGCGCGGGCCGGCGGUGAGCGGCGGCGGGGAAGUUGGCAGCGGCCGGUGCCCGCGGCUGCCGCUGCUGCUGGUGCUGCUGUGGGCGGCGGCGCUCCCGGCCGGGGGGCAGCUGCCGGCGUCGCAGUACAACGGCGAGCGGGGCAUCUCCAUCCCGGACCACGGCUACUGCCAGCCCAUCUCCAUCCCUCUCUGCACCGACAUCGCCUACAACCAGACCAUCAUGCCCAACCUGCUGGGCCACACCAACCAGGAGGACGCGGGGCUGGAGGUGCACCAGUUCUACCCGCUGGUGAAGGUGCAGUGCUCGGCCGAACUCAAGUUCUUCCUGUGCUCCAUGUACGCGCCGGUGUGCACCGUGCUGGAGCAGGCCCUGCCGCCCUGCCGCUCCCUCUGCGAGCGGGCCCGCCAGGGCUGCGAGGCCCUCAUGAACAAGUUCGGCUUCCAGUGGCCCGACACGCUGCGCUGCGAAAAGUUCCCGGUGCACGGGGCUGGCGAGCUCUGCGUGGGGCAGAACGCCUCCGAGCGCGGCACCCCGACGCCCGCCCUGCGCCCCGAGAGCUGGACCAGCAACCCGCACCGCGGGGGCGCCGGCGGCGGCGCCGGGGGCCCGGGGCCCGGCGAGCCCCGCGGGCGCUUCACCUGCCCGCGGGCGCUGAAGGUGCCCUCCUACCUGAACUACCGCUUCCUGGGAGAGAAGGACUGCGGGGCGCCCUGCGAGCCCGGCCGCCUCUACGGGCUCAUGUACUUCGGGCCCGAGGAGCUGCGCUUCUCCCGCACCUGGAUCGGCAUCUGGUCCGUGCUCUGCUGUGCCUCUACCCUCUUCACCGUCCUCACCUACUUGGUGGACAUGAAGCGAUUCAGCUACCCCGAGCGGCCCAUCAUCUUCCUCUCAGGCUGCUACACGGCGGUGGCCGUGGCCUACAUCGCCGGCUUCCUCCUGGAGGAGAGGGUGGUCUGCAACGAGCGCUUUGCCGAGGACGGUUCCCGCACUGUGGCGCAGGGCACGAAGCGGGAGGGCUGCACCAUCCUCUUCAUGAUGCUCUACUUCUUUGGCAUGGCCAGCUCCAUCUGGUGGGUCAUCCUCUCCCUUACCUGGUUCCUUGCUGCUGGCAUGAAGUGGGGCCAUGAGGCCAUUGAGGCCAAUUCCCAGUACUUUCAUCUGGCCGCCUGGGCCGUGCCGGCCAUCAAGACCAUCACCAUCCUUGCUCUGGGACAAGUGGAUGGCGACGUCCUCAGCGGCGUCUGCUUUGUGGGCAUCAACAACGUGGAUGCCCUGAGGGGCUUCGUGCUGGCCCCCUUGUUCGUCUACCUGUUCAUAGGCACCUCUUUCCUGCUGGCUGGCUUUGUGUCCCUCUUCAGGAUCCGGACCAUCAUGAAGCAUGACGGCACCAAGACAGAAAAGCUGGAGAAGCUCAUGGUGAGGAUAGGCAUCUUCAGCGUCCUCUACACGGUGCCGGCCACCAUCGUCAUUGCCUGCUAUUUUUACGAGCAAGCUUUUAGGGAACAGUGGGAGAGGAGCUGGGUCACGCAGAGCUGUAAGAGUUAUGCCAUUCCCUGCCCCAACAACCACAGCGGCCACCACCCGCCCAUGAGCCCCGACUUCACUGUCUUCAUGAUCAAGUAUCUCAUGACCUUAAUCGUGGGCAUCACCUCGGGCUUCUGGAUCUGGUCUGGGAAAACCCUGAACUCCUGGAGAAAGUUUUACACCAGGCUCACCAACAGCAAGCAGGGCGAGACCACGGUCUGAGACCCCUGCUUGCCAGGCUAGGGAGAUGCGGGCAGGCGGAGGACUGAGGCUCUGCCUCGGGAAGCAGCUCCUUAUCCAGCCUGGGCAAACUUUUGUGACUGCGAGUGGCUUCCGCAGGCGCGGGGAGCGGAGAACGAGCUAGGGAGACCCCAGUGCCUGGGAUCUCCGGGCUCUGCCCUCCCCGUGCUGCUCGGGCUGUCUCCUGUAGGAGCUGAACGCACUGUCAGGUUGGGGGAGAGGGAUGUAAAUAGCCUCUGUAAGAUUUUGUAAGUAUAUUUGUAUUUAAAUUACAAGAAAACUCACUUUUUUUUUUUUUUUAAUUAUUUAGGACACUUCUAACCCGUUUGCGGAUUUUACUUCAUCGCUUAUCACACCCUUCCCCCCCCCGCGGGGGUUCUUUUUUUUUUUUUUUAUUUAAAGGAAAAAAGGCUUUGUAUUUUUAUUUCGUAGGGACGGAUGGGUAAAGCUGCCGGUAAAAUAAUCGAAAACAAAUCCCCUUCUUCUCCCCCACACAGGUUUUGUAAUGGCUUUGCUUGGAAUUUCAGCUGCAUGAGCAGGAGGGCCGGAGCGGGGCUGCGGUCCGGGGCGCCUCCUGACCCGGGCUGGGUCCCGGUCCCGGUCCCGGUCCCAGCCCCGGCCCGCCCGCGGUAGCGUGGAGGUGGGGAUGGGGAGGAGCGCCGCUUCCCGCCGCGGUCCCGGCCCCGGCCCCGUCUGGGGAGCACCGACCCCGCCCGGUCCCGUACAGGGAGGACGGGGACGUGCCCGAGCGUGGCGCAGGGACGGCGCUGCGCCGAGCCCCGGCCCCGCUGGCCCCCGCCGAGCCUUUCCGGCCGCCGCCCGCCGGGGUGGUCGGGUCUGGCCGUGCCGCGCACGGCUCGGGAGCUGUUGGCCCGGUUCGGUGUACGGGUUGGGGUUCACACCGCCUGCACCUGUAGCACCUCCGACGGCUCAGGAGGUGGAUGGCGGCAGAGAUACACCGAGAUUCCCUCCUGCUGGGGUUUUUUUCUAAGCCCACUUUCCAGUCCGGGGGCGCCCCGCGGGUGCUCCUACCGCCGCCUGCCCCGGUCCCUCCCCGCCGGGCUGCUGCCGGCUGGGGUCAGCAGGAUCAGGAAAUACAGGCUCAGUGAAAAGAGCUUCAUCGGAAUAAAACGCAGCAUUCAGUUUGGGGCUUUUGUUUGUUUCCUCCCUGCCCCCUAGUUAUAUUCAUACACCGCCUCUUCAUAUGGGAAACAUUGGAGCCAUUGCCAUUCCUCUGAAUUUUAAUUCAUUGAGAUUUAAAUCAUUACACAUUAUGAGGGUGUGAUGAUUUUUGCCAGUGGUAAAAACAAUGGAAAGGAAAACAGUAAAUCAGAAUGCUUAAGCGUUCUGGUAAGACGGGAGACCUGAAAGAGCCUCUGCUGUCUUUUUUCCCCUCUUUUUUCGGUACAGAAGUAACAUUGUAUACUGCAAGGAUAAAAUACCAUGUGUGCAGUAUAUCAGCUACCUUGUAUGCUCCUGGGUGUGGGAUUGUGCUUCUAAAACGUUUAAAAAGUUAAAGACAAAAUUGUAACUUUCAACAGAUGCAUUUGAAUAUGUAGACCUCUGUAUGAAAAACAGCAGAACGCUUCUCUCCUGAUUGUAUUGUUUUAAACUUUUUUUUAUAUUACAAAUGCCUGUAUUUAGGUUCAUAAACAUUAUCUAUGGCUACCAUACCCUGAAAUGCAAAAUUAUUUUAAUUUGGUAUGCAUUUAUUUCUGUUCAUUAUCACAAGAUCAUCUAUAUUUAUAGAGGAAUAGAAAUUUAUAUAUAUUAAAUACCAUAUUUUUAAUUUCUCUGAAAUAAAUUGAGGUUUUGUACAAAAGUA